AGAGAGAAAAUCACAACACAGGCAGAUAGACAGCAACAGACACGAAGCGGGGAUUUGAGAUAGGACCAAAUAGACUAAAGAGGGAGUUGGCGAUUGAGAAAGUGAGAGAGAUAGGGUCAAUACACCGGGCGAAACGGGGACAUAUUGAUUUGAUGAAUAUUGCGUCAAAAUCGGUUAGAAUAACUCUCUGUGUUCCCUGAGUGACGGGAAGAGAGAUAACACACGCACGCACACACACCGUCCGGAGUCCGAAAAUGGAGGGCAUGGCAUAUGGAGCUGGGAAGGCUGGAGGUGCUUUCAACCCUAUAACGUUCUUCCAGCAGCCACACACCAUCCUCCGGAUCCUCUCUUGGUUUUUCUCUAUUGUGAUCUUUGGUUCUAUAGCCAACGAGGGUUACGUGAACCGACCGGACGAGGCCCAGGAGUUCUGUAUUUUCAACAGGAACCAGAAUGCGUGUAACUAUGGACUGUUCAUGGGAACCUUGGCCUUUCUCUGCUGUCUGGUCUUCCUGGCCCUGGAUGUCUACUUCCCACAGAUCAGCUCCGUCAAGGACCGCAAGAAGGCUGUACUGGCAGACGUAGGGGUUUCAGCAUUCUGGUCCUUCAUGUGGUUCGUGGGGUUCUGUUUCCUGACCAACCAAUGGCAGGUGGCGAAGCAGGAGGACAACCCCCUGAGGGAGGGAGGGGAUGCCGCUCGUGCUGCUAUCACCUUCGCCUUCUUCUCCAUAUUCACCUGGGGUGGGCUGACUCUCUUCUCCAUGGAGAGGCUAAAGAGUGUGUCCUUCCAAGAGGAAUACCAGAAGCUGUUCACCCCUCAGCCCCCCAUCCCACUAAUAUAAUCUGUGUUCUUCUAAUAACCUUCCAGCUCCCUUUGCUUUUAAAACUGCAGUCUGCAAUUACAACUUUUCACCCCCAGCCCCCCAUCCCACUAAUAUAAUAUAAUGUGUUGUUCUAGUAGGAAACCUAGAUCUCCAAUCCCUCUGCAGCUAACCUCCUUAUUGCUUCUAGUCAGACGCUGCUGUGACUGUGAUAUCUCUGUAUGACACACACACACACACACACAGAUACACACACACACACACACACGCAGACACACAGAUACACACACACAGCGUAGGCAGGCAUCUACGGUAGGCUACCUCCACCAUUUUGUGAAAGGCUGGCGAAUUAGUUUGGUGUCUUUAUAACUCAAAAGCCUUUAAAAUGCUUUAGCUAUUCAAUAAAUAUGCACAUUUAGUGAAAAUACAUUUUUUAUCACAGUUACUGCAUAUCUUCUUGUGCUCUUGUCUUUUUUUAUCUGACGAGUGUGAAUGAUUGUUUGUUUUUACCAAACCAAAGAGUGAGAUGUGAAUGGCUAAACGACUGCUUUGAUAACUAACUGACCUGAGUGACUCAAGGCUCGUGUCUCAAAGGGCACCCUAUUCCCUAUGUAGUGCACUACUUUAGACCAGAACCCUAUUCCCUAUGUAGUGCACUACUUUAGACCAGAACCCUAUUCCCUAUGUAGUGCACUACUUUAGACCAGAACCCUAUUCCCUAUGUAGUGCACUACUUUAGACCAGAACCCUAUUCCCUAUGUAGUGCACUACUUUAGACCAGAGCCCUAUUCCCUAUGUAGUGCUCUACUUUAGACCAGAGCCCUAUUCCCUAUGUAGUGCACUGCUUUAGACCAGAGCCCUAUUCCCUAUGUAGUGCACUACUUUAGACCAGAGGCAUAUUCCCUAUGUAGUGCACUACUUUAGACCAGAGCCAUAUUCCCUAUGUAGUGCACUACUUUAGACCAGAGCCCUAUUCCCUAUGUAGUGCACUACUUUAGACCAGAGCUAUAAAGGGAAAAGGGUGCAAUUUGGGACACAAACAAGCAAUCUAAUAAAGAUUUAACCUGGCUUUCCAGACAACUAAUUCAAUUCACUUACUUUUCUUUCUUUCUUUCACUCCCUUUCAAACCCAAUCCACAAAUGCUGCAUUUGUUUAUCAUCUCUUACACCUCUACCUAACCACACCCCAUCCACCCCAAACCUCCACUCUCUACGAUACCCAUCUACCGUUCAACUACCCCUUCAAAACAUCCCUUCCCAACCUACCCACUCCUCUCUACCUUACCCCUUAGCCUCCUCCACCUUCUUCACCCUCCUCCCUUCUAUUUACCUCCACCUCACCACCUAAUCUACACACCUCUACCUCUCUCUCCACCUACCCCAUCCCCACCCUAACCUCCUCAACCAUCCCACCGCACCUUCUUCACCCCACCUCCAUCCCUUUCCCCUUCAUCUCACCCCCAACCUACACCCCUCUACCUCCCCACCUCCCUCACAUUUCCCUUCAUCUCACCCCCCAACCUACACCCCUCUACCUCCCCACCUCCCUCGCAUUUCCCUUCAUCUCACCCCCAACCUACACCCCUCUACCUCCCCACCUCCCUCGCAUUUCCCUUCAUCUCACCCCCAACCUACACCCCUCUACCUCCCCACAUCCUUCCCUCUUCACUUCAUCUCACCCCCCAACCCCAACUAUGCCCUCCCACACCACUCUCUUCACCCACCUCCUCCCUCCCUCCCCAAGGCGGCCCAGUCCUUCUUCGGCUAUCAGAGGUACCAGCUGGGGGCAGACUCUGCUCUCUUCUCCCAGGACUACAUAGACCCCAGCCUGGAUGCUGGGGCGGCCGGGGACCCCUACACCUUCACGGCCGGGGGGGACGAUCUGGGACAAGGAGCCCCUGUGGGGGGGUCCUCCUAUCAGGGGAUGAACGGCGAGGGGGGUGGGGGGUACCAGGAGUACUGAGGGAGGACAGUGGGGAUGAAAGGAGGAUGGGGGAGUAGAGGGUUGAAGGGUAGGGAGCGGGAAGGAGUGAAAAAUGGAGGAGGCGUGGAAGGGGGAGCCAGGGCUUGGGGAGGACCAGAGGGAUGGAGGAAGGACAGGAGGAGGGGGGAGUGGUUGGAGGGAUGGAUGGAUGGAGAAGUGGAGGGAUGGAUGAUGGAGGGGGAGGAGUCAGGAUAAGUGUGUGUGUGUGUGUGCAGGGACAUUCAGUCAUAGAACUGACUUAUAACAGACUUUCAUUCAUUAGUUGGACCAAAGCAUAGUUCUUAGGCUGUAGCGAGAAGGCAAAGCUAUUGUGGUGUAGAUAGUUCAUCACAGCUACUACCAAAACAGAUCUCUUCAUCACAUAUAUAUUUUUUAUAGUUAGAAAAUUAGAAAUCCCAAGUUUCAAUGUACAUAAGAAUGCUUAAUAGAUGUUAAUGUUUUUCAUGUAUCAUUGGACAAAACAUGCCUCUAAGUAUACUGUAUAUUGAAACUAAUCUCUGACUGUAGUUUGAUGUAGCCUAUCGACCGACUAAAUCUGUAAUUUAAUCUACCGGUUUGGGGUGUUCAAAAAUAACAUGACUAUAUUUAAGGGCAUUACUAUAUGCUUACUGUAAAAAGUUUAACUUGGGCUACUCAGUCAGUAUGCUGUGUUAUUGUGCUCAGAUACAAGGAGAGGAACAAUUUUUAUCUCUCCCUUGACCUAUUUCCUUUCAGGGUCCAGAGAAUUCGUUUUUAUUUUGGAAUAAAAAUAAUUUCAGUUUUAGUACUCAAAUUUUGUUAUUUACCAAACCAUGGGAAAAAAGUUUGUUUUAAUGUAACCUUUAUUUAAUUAGGCAAGUCCGUUAAGAACAAAUUCUUAUUUACAAUGACCGCCUACACUGGCCAAACCUGGACUACGCUGGGCCAAUUGUGCGCCGCCCUAUGGGACUCCCAAUCACGGCCGGAUGCGAUGUAGUUAGGAAUGUGUGAACUUUCUCGGUGUUACAAUGAACUGCAACAAAACAAAAAUAUGGUGUUACAUUUUUUUGUUCUUGAUGUGAUGCUUUUUAAACAAUAAAAGUAAAUAAAAUACAACACUGACAAACUUUA